CCAAAUAAAACGACGGAAGUUUAUUAGGUUUGAUUCGCCCCCUGUUUCCUGUUUAGCCAUGUUAAAAUUUGCGUGUAAAAACAUUAUUUACUCAAGAAAACAAUGGUUUAGCUUCACACGAAGAACUUUCUAUGCAAGCUCCAAAUUAUUGCAGUUAAAAAGACUUGCACAAGCGAAGCAAAGUAGCCACAUGUUGAAUGUUGUUUGGAAUGAUGACACAGUUAGCAAAUACUCAUACAUCUAUCUACGAGACCACUGUCUAUGCUCAACGUGUUAUCAUCCAACAUCAGAACAGCGCCUGACACACAUGAAAAACCUCGAUCUGAAAGUACUACCAUCUAAUGUGCACGUAAAUGACAUUGAAGGGAAGUUGUCAAUCACAUGGGAUGACGGACAUGUUAGUGAAUUCGACUCUAAAUGGCUACUUUCCAGAGCAUUCACAGAUAAACGUGAUGAUUUAGAUAACAAGGAAAUGUUUGUGCAAAAAGGUGUGAAAUUGUGGUACAGGGAUUUUGACAUUCCACAUUUCUCGUUUGGGUUAGUUCUUGGUGAUGAGCAAAGUCUAUUGGACUGGAUGGAAGCUCUGCAUAAAUACGGUCUAGUGAUAAUGUCAGGUGCACCCAGGGAACUUGGCCAGGUCCAUAGGAUUGGGAGUGCUGUGGGAUUUCUGAGGAAAACCUUCUAUGGGUCAUCUGUAGCACUGCGCAGUGAGCCACAAGCCAGAAGUCUUGCCUACACUGGUUAUGAGCUCCAGCCACACACUGAUCUACCUUAUUAUGAGUUUAAGCCAUCUGUGAUCUUACUGCAUUGUAUAGACCAGGUUCGGUCUUCUGGAGGUGAGAACACAUUUGUUGAUGGGUAUAGCAUCCUCAAAGCUUUUCGCAAUGACAACCCUGACGGCUUCGAUCUACUGGCCUCCACCCCUGUGCUGCACCGUGUCAAAGGGGUGGAGCCUACCUACGGGGAGUUUGAGCAGCUUUUUGCUCGACCAAUCAUUGAGCUUGACGUGAAAGGACGCAUUCGACGUAUUAACUUUAACGACCCUCUCCGAGAAGAAUUCCUCGAUACACCUGCCGAGCAGAUUCCGAAAGUCUACCGAGCGUACCACAAGCUCACCCAAAUGUUCUACGAGCCCAAGUUUAUCGUGCGAAACAAGAUGGCCCCGGGUGACAUUUGUGCGAUAGAUAACGACCGCCUGUUGCAUGGACGCUCGGCUUUUGAAGUAAAAAGUGAUGAUCUUAGGCUGCUGGAGCAGGCGUACAUCGACUGGGAUAUUAUUAGGUCAAAAAUGAAGAUUCUCACGCGAAAAAUUAGGUGACUUUGGUACAGAAAUCGUCUAACCUUUUUGGCUCAUUUCACAACUCCAAUAACUCCAAUAAACAGUGCUUGGACUGGGACUGAUACUGAAUUGUAUUUGUAAACGAUAUCGCUGGUUACCCAGAUCUUUACCUCAAGGAACAUUACUAGGACCGCUAAAUAUUUUUAUAAACGAUAUCGUGUCCAGAGUCCGAGAUCCUGCUAUUUGCUGGUGACUGCGUCUGCCACAAGGUCAAAAAACAAUGAAACGGAGAUAUGCAAAAGAAUCCCGUAGCCAGAAUACAAAGUUACUAGGGGUUCGAGUUAACAAGCUCGACUGAAAAAAUGAUUACAUAUUAGCUGAUCAUUCUUUUCAUGAACAAAGUAUCGUUUUUCGGAUUCGCGGGAUGGGACCCAAUCAAGAAUAACCAUCAAACAAAAUAGUAACUAAUCGAUUAAAAUGACAAUUACUGUUUGAAAAGUAAAGGGGAAAAAAUGUUAGAGUUUACCGGGUAAAAUGUGGAACACAAAAAUGUAAUUGCAGCAUGUAUAUAUCCAAAACCGCAUUAGUAUUUCAUUUGUUGGAUAACCGGCGCUUGAUCCAAAAUUUGGAGUCUUCGAAAGCAUAUUGUUUUGCGAAGCGCGUAGAAAACAAUGCUAAUAAAGUUUUGGAAUCAAAAAGCCCAAACUGUCGCGAUCUCGUACCAGAACAAUGAAUACAAUACAC